UAUUGUCUAUAUUUUUAAUAGACAGUCUUUCGCGCGAGCUGAAAGUCCGUGCGCAGUGAAAGUGUCGCGCGGGAUUAUCUCCGAAGAUCGAAAGUGAAAGUAAACUGGCCGUUUGCUCAGCGCUCGCGUGGCGGGGACAGGCUGUCUAGAACCUUCAUGUUGAAGACAGACGUCACCGUUGAGUUGGGAAAUUACCACUUCGAUCGUGCUGCGGUCUGAAUUUGGCGGGGAGUUUUUUGACUGGGGGGGCUUCCCUACACAGCUCAGCUCGAGUCUAAAAGCGGCCAGCAGCUUCAGAGCCGACAGUAAAGUGAUGCAGCGCGCAGCGAAGCAGGCGAGAGUCGCACAGUGAGCGCCGCCACUGACGGAGGAAAGGAAGACGCUCGAGUCAAACCGCCCUGAGCAACAAGAGGGCAGGUGACAGCAGGGGCUGACAGGGCGCUGAGCGGGGCUGCGCGUUGAGUAGGGAGCCGUUCUCACCUCCCUCGUCUGGUGCGGACCAGGCCAACCGCCCCGGGUUUUUCGGGUCCGGUUCGUUCUGACACAGUGUGAACGCUCCGCGCGUACUGGCCUGCUUUUGGCACGCAUUGAGAAAAAGGCACACAGAACCAUGAGGACAUGAGCUUUGAUGGUUACCACGUUGACGGAAUGAGUAUCAAAACUUGGGCCUACUCGACUCUCUUGAUUGGAUUUCAUUUAAGCUUGGGUGUUUGUGGAGGCAAGUGCAUUGAAGGCAGUUUUAAGAAUCACGUGACUGACAAUUUAUUAAAGGAUUAUUUGUAUAGGAUCAAGAAUUUCCAGCAGGCUUUUGAGCAGACCAAGCCUGAGUACACAGCUCUCUCCAUCUUCAACAUGCUCUGUUCAAGCUGGCUUGAAAACAAGGAAAACUAUGACACUCAAAAUGAAGUCUCUGGAAAUCAUGAGAGCAGUGAAAACAACGAGACAAAGAAAGACAGCAGAGAGUGCCUCAUGCAUUCAUAUCGAUGGAUUCUAGGUGCAUAUCUAGGCCUUGAUGAAGAUGCUAGAUCUAAUAUUACAGAGCAUUGUCAGAAGCAUACAUGCAACUUUUCAUACAGCACAACAGAUCUCACACCAGAAGAUUUUCAGAGCAUGUAUAACAAGACGUGUAACUGGGUCGGAGUAUUUCCAGCUUGUCCAUCUCCACAGAACACAUCGUCUUCGACAGUACAAGCCAGCACUGUGACCACUACACCUGUAACUACCUACCAAUCGACAACCACUCCAUCUUCUACAUCUACUACCAAUCACCAAAGCAUCAAUCCAUCGACUCCCGCUUUGACUUCUACUACCAGUUACCAAAGCAUCAAUCCUUCAACUCCCUCUCCAUCUUCUAAUGUCACCUCCCAAAGAAUGAGAGAGAUUAAGGACCUGAAAGAAAAAAACCUGGUUUUCACAUUUUUAUUCAUCGUCUCAGGACUGGCCAAUGUUGUCUUGAUCAUCAUCGUGUGGUCCCAGUGCAGGAGACGACACCAAAAUCUACAGGAGCCCAUUGAAGUUCCUCUGCCAUGUGACAGCGCAGAACUGGUGAUCUUGAAUGGAAAUGCAGAGUGCCAGUGAUGCUCAUGGGAUCCUCAGUCAUCAAGCUACUUGAGCUCAGAGUAAUAUGUCAGAGGGUCAUCAAUGACAUCCGUCAGUGGCAUGGAUUACCUCCUGACGUAGUGUGAUCUGGACUUGCUGUCUCCAGAUGGACCUCUCUGCGUGAGAUCACUGUCUAUAAUUUUCCAGACACCAUGUCUAAGGUCAGACUGGAGCAGUCAUUGUCGAGCACCUGCCCUCUCCAGAAAGGAGCGUGUGCCAGCUUAUGGCAUGUCCAUUUGAAAGAUGAUGGAGGAGUGCCAAGCAUUCUGAUCCAUAAAAAGAACUCGAAGGCAUGUGUGGUGUCCCCACACACGUGUGGAAUACAUACCUAUAGCCUUGGACCGGACUGUAGAGGCUCCAACUGGAGAGGAAAAGUGAUUUACUUAAGUCGAGACUGGACAAGGUAACGCUAUGAGCAAUGAAAUUUUGACAGCUCCAGUCAAGUUUGCCUGCUUCUCAUGUGUUCUCAUGUGAUUUUUUUUAAUUAAAGGUAUGCUAUAUGUUUUUGAUGAGGGAAACUUGCAUGUGCAGGAAUGUGAAGUGCAAGCUAACACAAAAAAUACAUUAUAAUACGUGGCAUUAUAUUCUAUUUACAUUCUGCAACAUACUGACCCUAUAUAAUGAUAAUGUAUUCCAUUUUCAUGGUAGACUUAUUUUUCACGUCAUACUGAAAUGGACAUUUGACCACCAGUCAGUCAAAAAUGUUCAAUAGGAGCUUCACACCACAUUGUAUGGGUUUGUGUUUAUUCACCAAUAAUGCUGUUUUGUUCAGUAAUCAAAAGCAUAAAUAUUACGAUGUCACAAGAGUUUUAUUACAUGGUAAUACUCAGCAUUAACAGUAUGAUAUAAUAUGAUAUACAAAAUAUGUAAACGGUUAUAUGCAAAAGUUUGAACGCCCCUUGUCAGUUCACAACUUGUUGAUUGGUGAUCUGCAGGGUACACAGUUCUGCAUAAGUUUCAUUUUUUAUUUAUUUAAGUUUAAAACAAUGAGGAAAACAUUUAUAUAUAUAUAUAUAUAUAUAUAUAUAUAUAUAUAUAUAUGAAAUAAAUAAAUGCUUAUAAAUUCUCUGAUGACUAUUGCACAGUGCUGUAUAUGUACAGUGGCACCAAAAAUUAUUUGCGCCCCUUAAAAAUGUCAGUGCAAGUUCAUUGUGUUAGGUAAACAAAUGUCAAGCCUAUUGGCAUUUAUUUUAAACAUACUACGUCAAGACUGUCAGUUUCUUUUUGGCAGUGUAUUCUUUUAGAUGACAGCUGGUGUGUUUCGGUUCAUUAAGUGUUGAGCAGUUUCUUAAAAGGCUUGCAUCCAAAUUGCCUCUUUAUAAUUCUGUGUUUAUGAUUCCAUCAACACUGCCACAAAAACAGCUCCAGACUUUGAUGUUUGCUUCUCUGUGCUUUACAGAACCUGAAGGCUUUCUCCACACAAAAAAUUUGCCCGCUUUUCCACCUCAAGCCAAAUGGUUCUCAGUGCCAUACUAGGCUGUUCCACAGUGGUCCAGACUCGUGAGACUGGUUACAGUUUUUGUUUCCAUCUGUUGUACCACUGAAUCAGAACCAGGAAAUACCAAAGAAAUUUGGCUAACUGCUAACAGGCUAAAAGUUACAUACACACCACCAACCACAAACAUGUUCAAUUCCGUCUGUCACUCCAGCUCCAGUCUCUCGACCUGCUCUCAUCUUGUCAUGUUGUUUGUCCUCUAAAGGGGUGCUAUUUGAGCAUCUGUCACUGAAACCGCCUGUAUUGCGCUGGUUUUACCUUUAGCCAGCUAACUACAUUAGCAUUGGCGCUGCCUGGCAGGGUACAGCUCAGAGCACAAAACAAUUCUAUUUCUUUUAUCUUUCUCUCACAUUCAAAUUUGUGCUCUCAGAUACAAGUCUUUAUCCUUUAAAUGGAUGUUUUUAAUCAUUAGUUCGCUAGAACUGAGCCCGUACUGCAGUGGGAGGAACCGUGCACUUGUAUUAGCUUAGCCUAGCAGGCUACAGCUUAAAGCACUAACAGAACAGGUCCGAUUUCCACUUUGUCACUCCAACACCAGUCAGUCGACUUUACUUUCACUGUCUUUAUCAUUUUUAUACCUGCGCUGUGGUGUCUGGAUCUCUGUAGCUCAGCAAAGUUAACUAGGAGAGACGAGCAUUAGCACUAGCAUUAAAUUCAGACAUCAGAGAAGUUUUGUCCCUCUAACAUCAGCCGGUCAACUUUGUUUCCUCAGAUAUGAGUCACUAUGAUCUAAAUUGUUAGUCAGAAUCAAAUCUGUGGUGAGCAGUGCCGAAGAAGCUAAGCUAAUGCUAACCAGCUACUCUCUUCUGGUCAGCAGCACCAGUUACCAUUUAGAAAUUGGUCUUAGCUGAGUUUGUUUUUAAGCGUUGCAUGUCGAACUGUGUCUGUGUGGAAAUACCCUCCGUGCUCAGAACCAUUCGGCCCUGCGGUGGAAUAGAGGCCUUUGUGUGAAUGUUGUGCUCAAAGUGCUUUUAUCUGAAAUACAAGUUUGUUAAAACUUAUAUUAACAAUUCUAAAAAACUUAUCAGAGUUUACCAAUGUUUAAAUGCAAUGGUAAACCAUGACUGUUAGAGCUAGGCCCCACUCAUACUCGCAGUGAGUGAUGUUUCUAUGACUUCCAGCAGGCUUGCAGUAACAUUUCUUCUCACAACAUUGGUCCCACGCAAUGAAAAUUAGAAUGUGAUUUGUUCUAAUUGUGUUGGUUGUAAAUCUGACACAUUAGGCCUUCUUUUCAGCAUCUGAAGUCCCAGUCACAAAUGGGGAGUUUGCUUGGCUAUAUCUAGAUUUAGAUACCACAGAGAAAAAAUCCUGAUUGGACCAUUUUCUGAUGGGUUUUUAACUUGUUUCCAACCAAAAUAUAACAAGAUUUUUUAGUUUAAAAACAACCAUGAACAUUAAUUUGAUGCUAAAGUGAAUUAAAAAAUGUCUAACUUGUAAAAAGAAUGCAAAUACUCUCUACAUAUGUAUGUAAUGUAAUAUAUAUGUAUAUAUGGUCUCGUAAAAAAAAAGUAUCUUAAAAAUUGCAACUUGUAACUUUAAAAAUUAGAAUAUUUUUGCCUCCUACGGAAUAACUUGAUGUAAAGAGAUAUUGGCCCACGUACUUUUGGAGUAUUUCUAUUGGUUUGUUAUGUAAAGGACAUAACUUAACAAAUAAACAUAAAUAAAUCUGAAAAAUAA